UCCGCGCGGAACGCCGGGCGACGUCCUCUCAAACGCGCAGACUGUCAAGAGCGCGAGGGACCCGAGUCGUCUUUUCAGUCGUCGUCGUCGUCGUGUGACCUGAAUCAAAGCCACCAUGCCCGAGACGGCCGAGUCGCACGCCUUCCACCUGACCACCAACCGCAACUGCACCAUCGAGGUGGUCAACCUCACGUCGACCUUCUGCCUCACUAACCCCAAGGUGCACAUGGAGAGCGGCUUCCCGUACAGCCCGCCGCAGCCCACCGUGCGCGUGGACCGCGGCGAGGUCUGCUCCUUCACCAAAGACGACAACAUGGCGUCGGGCGCGGUGGGCCUGCUCACCUACGAGCUCUUCCACAUGCAGCAGAAGCGCUGCGACGAGAUGGUGGCCGUCAUGUUCUCCGUGCCCUUCGACUACACCUUCUACAAGAACUGGCUGGCCGUCGGCGUCUUCCCCAAGACCAAGGCCACCGACCACGACCUCUACGACUUCAUGUACAACUCCAAGGACUUCGGAGACUUCCUGCGCCGCCAGGCCGACGGCUCGGGCGUGGAGCACCGCGGCCGCGAGGUGGACGUGGCCGCCUGCAUGUCCGACGAAGGCCGCGCCAUCGUCAAGCUGGAAAUCCACAACAAGGAGGCCUGAGCGCCGCCCGCGCGCAAAUCAAUAAAAGCCGCCCGACUUCA